AGUGGAAAAAGCCUCGGAAAAAAUGGACGAAAAAUCGGUGGACGAUAAAUUCUCGAAGAUGCACCCUUGCUUUCCUCCACGAACAAGGAUUGCAAUAAUCGGAGCGGGCCCCAGUGGACUCUCGGCUGCUUAUGCACUAUGCAAAUUAGGCUACUCCGAUGUAACUGUGUUCGAAAAACAUCAUUCACCUGGUGGAAUGUGUGAAUCAGUUCAAAUCGAAGGAAGGAUUUACGAUUUGGGAGGUCAAGUUCUUGCAGCAAACAGUGCUCCGUCUAUAUUUCACUUGGCUAAAGAAGUCGGUGCAGAAACUGAGGAAAUGGACACACAUAAAUUUGCACUUAUUAACAGUUCAAAUGGAGCUCUCACCGAAAUGAAGUUAGUCGAAGAUUAUGUAUCCAUGAUCUCUCUUACACUCAAACUCCAGGAUAAGGCUAAAGAAUCGGGUCGAAUUGGAGUACACGCAGUGAGUGAAAUUGCCUCCGAUUUAACUCCCGAUUAUCUAAAAAAUCAAGGAUUUCCUUCGGUGCCUAAAUCAGUAAUAUACGGAUACACAGCAUCUGGAUAUGGAUACGUGCAAGACAUGCCUUACGCAUACAUACACGAGUUCACAAGAACAUCCAUGGCUGGAAAAAUCCAACGGUUCGAAGGCGGUUACACGAGCCUAUGGAAUAAGCUGAGUCAAAGGCUGCCAAUACAAUUCUGUUCCAACACAGAAGUACUAUCAGUUAAACGCAAUUCAUCCGAAAUCAAAGUUGAAUUCAAAACUGAGAAUGGCGGUGUAAAAUCGAGAGAAUUCGAUAAAAUUAUUAUCUCCGGUGCUUUUCCGUUUAUCAGUGGAAAUACUUACAGAUCACCUUCACCGAACACAUCAGAUACUGCGAAUAAUAACCGUAUUGACUUAAGCGAGCUGGAAAAAGAGUUGUUCAGUAAAGUCAAAACCAUUGACUAUUACACCACUGUCUUGAAUAUAAAGGGAUUUGAGCAUAUUCCAAAGGGUUUUUAUUACUUCGACGAAUUUAUGAACGAUCCAUCUACUAUAGGCAAUCCUGUUGCAAUGCAGAGAUUUUACGGAGACACGGAUAUUUUCCUGUUCUGGUCUUACGGAAACUCGGCUAAUAUUCAGGAACACGAGGUUGCUGAGCUGGCAAUUUCUGCGGUCAAAAGAAUGGGAGGUGAAGUCGAAAGAGUGAUUUUACAGCGAAAAUUCAAGUACUUCCCACAUGUGAAAAGUGAAGAUAUGAAGGAGGGGUACUAUGAUAAGCUGGAAUUUCUACUACAAGGUCAAAGAAACACCUACUUUGUUGGUGGACUAAUGGCAUUUGAGCUGACUGAGAGGAAUGCUAGUUACGCAUUUGACCUCGUUCGAAAGCAUUUCUCUAACGAUAAUCAAGAACCGAGCUAUCCCUAUGUCAAGAGAUUACUGACAUUGAAACCGAACAACGGAGGCUCAGUCGUUCCCAGACAAUUGGACGAAUCGCCAGGUGUCCAGUUUCCAGAACUUUCCACCCUCGACGCAUACUUGAAACAUUGGGGAACCCAUAGUGUAACUCAAAGCAAGACACUGUACACAUGGAUCAACGAGAAGGGGCAAAUCGUAGCACAAAGAACGUACAAAGAACUUAACUCAAACGCUUCAAAGAUCUCCGAAAAACUAACGAGCUGUAACAACCCGACAAUCAAAACAGGCGAUAGGGUUCUCUUGGUUUAUAUACCUGGCCUAGAUUUCAUCGAUGCCUUCUUCGGUUGUUUGAGAGCCCGUGUAAUACCCGUGCCCGCAAUUCCACCCGAUCCGCUGCAGAAAACCGGGCAACAAGCACUUCUCCACAUUUCCAACAUUUCCAAAGCAUGCAAUGCAGUUGCCAUAUUAUCAACUGUUAGUUACCACAUCGCGGUCAAGGCUUCUUCGGCAAGAAACAUGCUGUCCCUUAAGGGAAAAGACAAAAAUACCCCUCGCUGGCCCGAUCUGCCGUGGCUCCACACCGAUUCUUGGGUGAAGAAAUCAAGAAUCACCAUGCAAAACGGCUACAAUGUUGACAAGUACGAGUCUUUGCCUCGUGAUUUGUGCUUCCUGCAGUUCACAUCGGGGUCCACAGGAGAGCCGAAGGGAGUUAUGAUAACUCACGGUGGAAUAAUCCACAAUGUGAAGACGAUGAGAAGCCAAUACAAGAGCACCUCGAAUACGGUACUUGUGAGCUGGCUGCCACAGUACCACGAUAUGGGACUCAUCGGUGGCCUUUUCACUAGCAUGGUCAGUGGCGGUUCCGCAAUUUUGUUCUCUCCGACGGUGUUUAUCCGGAACCCUUUAUUAUGGCUGCAGACUAUAACCACGUAUCGCGCCACACACAGUGCGGGCCCCAAUUUCGCGUUCGAGCUGCUUAUUCGUAGGCUAGAAGCCGAUGAAAAAGGGCAGAAGUUCGAUUUGUCUUCGAUGGUUUUUCUCAUGGUUGCUGCAGAACCAAUCAGAGCAGAAACUAUGAGAAGGUUUCUGCUGCUGACUCAGCCUUUCGGGCUCGAUCGGGGGGCCAUGGCCCCCGGCUAUGGAUUAGCAGAGAACUGCGUUUACGUGUGCAGUGCGUAUGGAGAAGGUGAAGAGAUGUUGGUUGAUUGGAAUGAACGAGUUUGCUGUGGCUACAUUGAUAACAAUGAUGAUGAAGUUCAAAUCAAGAUUGUUGAUCAAGAAACGGGCGAAGAGUGUGAAAAAUCGGAAAAAGAAGGGGAGAUUUGGAUUAGUAGUCCAAGUAGUGGAGUUGGAUACUGGGACAAUGAGGAGUUGACCAAAACGACCUUCGAAAACAAACUGAAUAGCGCCCAUGGCAGGAAGUACAUUCGAACGGGGGAUUUGGGAAGAAUCGUGGACGGAAAGUUGUUCGUCACGGGCCGUAUAAAGGAUCUCAUAAUUGUUUCUGGAAGGAAUAUAUAUUCGUCAGAUAUCGAAAAAACCGUCGAGAAUUCGUGCCAGCUAGUACGCCCUGGAUGCUGUGCUGCAAUCGGUGUUCCGAAGGAGAUACUUCUAUCGAAAGGGAAUAUUCCAUUUCCGGAAACUUCCGAUCAUGUUGGAUUGGUGGUGAUUGCCGAGGUUCGAGAAGCAGUCAAGUCCGGUUUUAAGGAAGCUGUUAAACGAAUUCAGGCAUGCGUUGCGGAAGAACAUGGGAUCAUUGUCUCCUCCGUUAUUCUGAUCAAACCGAGGACCAUUAGCAAGACGACAUCCGGCAAAAUUAAACGGUACGAAUGUCUUCAAAAGUUUAAAAACGGAACUUUCGAUGUCGUUCAUCAGUCCAACGGAACUGUAUCGGAAAAUCGAGCCGAGAAAAAUAAUCAUCCAAUUCCGAAUUCUGAUAUAACAAAGAGUGACAUAGUGAACUUUCUGAUCGAGCUUCUCUCUCAAAUGACCGGAAUUUCUACAGCAAAAAUCUCCACCAAUGAAAGCCUUGUAUCUUAUGGGGUGGAUUCCAUAGGUGUCGUUCGAGCCGCUCAAAAGCUCUCCGAUUUUCUUGGAGUCCCAGUUGGCGCAAUCGACAUAUUCACAGCGACAUGCAUCGAUGACCUGGCGAAAUUUUCAGACAACCUAUUAAAGAAGUCUCGUCCUAAAUCAGCAAAAACGAAGGCGAAAGUACCAUCAACAAAAACAACCUUUUCCGAAGCUUCUUCGUCAAGAAAGCUGCAAAUCUGGUUCAUGCAAAUCUUAGCACUUGCUUACGUUUGCUUCUUGCUGAUUUUUCCCGCUUACCUCUCGAUUUCCGCCUUUACGUAUUCUUACAAGCCACAGAAAAAUACAUGCACUGCUUACUUGAUUAGCCUAUUUUGUGCUCCGCUUUCUUGGAUGCUGUGCCUUUUCUCGACAUGCAUUAGCAUAUCCUUUUUGGGGACACCAUUUCUUCAGACAAACUACGCCUUAUUUCCCGAGGUUUCGAUUUGGUCUACCGAAUUCGUGAAGUGGUGGGCCCUGCACAAGGCUGAGGAGGUUUCUUCGAAAGUUCUUGCAGUUCACUUAAGAGGCACUGUGUUCCUCAACUACUGGUUCAGAAUGCUGGGAGCUAAAGUCGCCUCGUCAGCAUUAAUCGACACCAUCGACAUCACGGAUCCAUUUCUAGUUUCGAUCGGAGAAGAUGCUGUGCUGGCAGAGGGAGCGUUAAUCCAAAGCCAUGAAGUGAAAAAUGGAGUUUUGAGUUUCUAUCCAAUGAGAAUCGGAUCAAGAUCUUCGGUGGGGCCCUAUGCUUUGCUUCAGAAAGGCGUCGAGGUACAUGAUGGAGACGAAGUACUUGCCCUCACAACUGAGGUUAGUACUUCUGAUGUGGAUCAUUUCCAAAAGGGUAAAAUGGGAAAACAAAUCAUCAGCAAAAACUGUGGGAAUUAUGCCAUGGUAAUUCACUUUCUCGGUAUAUAUACAAUCGGUUUUCUUGGCAGUUUAUCGGCGGCGGUUUCUUAUUUCGCCUACCUCUAUAUAAUGCAAAAGCCUCCUAUUAUGCAUCACUUUGCAUUCAUAUCUGUUUCUGGAGCAUUUCAUUGGCUACCUUACACCAUAGUUGCAUAUAUAGUAAUACUCGAUUCUGCCCCUUCAAAUCCGAUCGCCUUUGCAAUCUCCAUAGCCACAGCUUACACAAUUUACGGCCUUGUCCUCAGCUUUUUCACUUGCUUCCUCAAAUCAUACUUAGAAAAAAAUCAAGACUUGUCCGAAAAACCCUUCCGAAAAUGGCUAAUACACAGAAUUUUGACAUCAUGCCACGUCAGAUUCGCGAAAUUCAUCUCUGGAACAGAAGCUUUCUGUUUUUAUCUACGCCAAAUGGGAGCCAAAAUUGGUAAUCAUUGUUCGAUCAGAGCUAUUAAUCCCAUUUUAGACCCGGAGCUCGUUUCACUAGCCGACGGUGUUGAUUUAGGGGACUUCAGCCGUUUAAUCCCAGGUUAUUACACCUCAAAAAACGGCUACUUUUCAGGCGGAAUCGAGGUACAAGACAAUGCUGUAAUAGGGAGCCAAGCACUAAUCCUCCCUGGUUCGGUUCUUGAAAAAUACGUAAUUCUCGGUGCACUUUCGGUUGCUCCGGCGAACAGAAUCCUCCACAGUGGCGGUGUUUAUGUUGGUUCUCCAUUUCCUUCGAUGGUGAAGAACACUACCCAAAGUUUCGACGACAGAAUCGAAGAAAUGGACACGAAAUAUCGAAAGGUGUUAGGAAAUCUCGCAGCAAAUUUAGCAGCCACAACCUUAAAAGUAAAAUCGAGGUACUUCCAUAGAAUCGGUGCAGCUGGCAAGGGAUUUUUAAAGCUUUACGAUCACCUUCCGAAGAAUCUCCCACAUCAUAGAAUAUUCUCAACGGGGAAGGAAUAUUCCAUCAUCCUUCGGCACAGCAACUGCUUGAGCUCUGACGACGACGCACGCCUCGAUCCACGUGGUGCAGCCAUACGAAUAACCACUGAGGAUAAUUCCCCAUUGCUCGAUUUAACCUUAAAAACUGGCAAUGCAUUUCAUGCACGGACAAUAGGGGACUUCGCCACGUGGCUAGUCUGUGGGGCAGCUGCGCGAGAGGAGCAUGUGAAGCACUAUCCGCACAUUCGUGACGCAAUGUGGGGAUCUUUGAGGAGAGCCGAUUCUUACACCGAGCUUCACUAUUACUCGAACAUCACACGGCUUUUCCGGUUCGAAGAUGGCCAAGAAAUGUACGUCAGAUUCAAAUUGAGGCCGUUCGAUAAGAAUAUAUCAGAGGAAAAUGGAAAAGUGGAGCCCACAGGUGUACUUCCGCCAGAAACUGGGGCUAUUCCGAGAGAUGAAAACGACAAACGCCCUCUGCUUUUCCUGGCCGAUGAUUUUAAGAAACGGGUGGAUUCUUCGGAUAAAGUUCGUUAUGUUCUUCAGCUGCAAAUUCGACCAAUCACAAACGACGAAAGGGAAAGGGAGAUUGCACUCGACUGUACAAGGCCAUGGAACGAAACGGAGUUCCCACAUUUCGAUGUGGGAGAGAUUACAAUCGAACGAAUCCUGACCAAAGAGGAAUCCGAAGAACUCGAGUUCAACCCUUUCCUUAGAUGCCACGAAAUCGAUGUCAUAAGGGCUUCGUCUUGUAGUGAAAGUGCAUCAAUGGAUCACGGCCGUUCAUUAGUGUACUCGAUCUGCCAACAUCUUCGAAACAAGAAACCACUUCCUCAAGCAUGGAGGGCUUUCUUGAAUCAAUCCGACGUGAAAAUCGACCUCUCGGGCUGUCCAAUGGCAGCUCAAAAACUCGAGAAAAGUGUCGAUACAGAAGUGGUGACAUUAGCGAGGCCAUGGUACGUGACAUUGUGGAUGAUGUCAGCUCAGCCGUUUCUGCAGAUUUUUCUACCAUACUUCCUCAUGGGGCUAGUGAUUUUUCCACCGAUGAAAUUCAUCUUCCACCAGAACAAGAUCAGUAAAACAGAGCACAUGCAUUUCUUGCUGCCACUUUUCUGGAUUUGCUCGGGCGUUUUAUCAGGGCUCGUUUGCGCUAUAUGUAAAUGGAUUCUCGUGGGUAAGAAGAAAGAAGGCGAAAACGAACCGAUAUGGAGUGUGGGGAUAUUCAUGGACACUAUUUGGCAGGCUGUAAGAACACUGGCUGGCGACUAUUUCAUGGAAAUGACAGGCGGCACGUUUAUAUUCAACGUGUGGAUGAAUCUAAUGGGAUCGGAGGUUGACAGAGGCGCUUACGUGGACACCAUGGGAGCUGUGUUAAAUCCUGAACUGGUGAAGAUAGAAGAGAAUGGCUCUGUGGAGAGAGAAGCUUUGCUGUUUGGACAUAUAUAUGAAGGCGAAGGGGGUAAAGUUAAGUACGGAAAAAUCGUCGUUAAGAAAGGCGGAUUUGUCGGGAGCAGAGCAGUGGCAAUGCCGGGAGUUACUGUGGGUGGUGGUGGUGGUUGCUUAGGUGCUCUGUCUUUAGCUAUGAAGGAAGAGUUUGUUAACUAAGUUAUGUUUCUUUUUUGUAUUAGUAUUUCCAUCUUUCAACAAGUAAUUCCAUAACUGUUUGUGCUUUUGAUUUCAUAAGAAAAUCAAUUGUCUGAACACAAAAAAUAUUCAGGUACUAUCGCAAAAUCGAAGAUCAUCAUCACAAUUAUACCAAAUUCAAAUAAGCCAAAAAAUGAGAAGAAACGAUUAUCGAACAAACACAAACGAGAAGCUGAAAUCACUUACCUCAGU